AAAAUGUGGAAUGAGGAUUUCAAUGUUUUCAAAAAUGAUAAGAUACCGCAGAUGCCGGCCACAAAGGUAAACCGAGCGAAUCUACCCCGACGGGCAAGGAACUUAAGUAAAGAAACGCUGCAAAAGGCCCUUCGGAAGAAAAAAGAAUGUAACGACAAGGCUCAGCGCAUAGUAGAAACACUAAUUGAACCGGGACGCACAGAGGACGAGCUGCUCACCAUGGUUAGGGAUAUUAACCAAUGCCACAUGGAAGACAUCAUUCAGGAGCGUGCAAUUGUUAAGCUUUGUGGUUAUCCGUUGUGUAACAAUGCGCUCACGAACAUACCGAAGCAACAGUACGCAAUAUCGGUAUCCCGCAACAAGGUGUACGACAUCACGGAAAGGAAGAAUUUUUGUAGCGGCGAAUGCUACAAAGCAUCCAACUACAUUAAACAGCAAAUGUUGACAAGCCCUCUGUGGUUGCGAGACCAGGAGGAUAUACCGAACUUUCGGCUAAUCAAUGGCAGGCAGCUUAUUUAUCGGGAAACGGACGUAAAGAAACCAUUGCAGCCGGGUGAAGUGAUAUUUGGAGAGUUAAAAAUUGUAGAACGAACGUAUGAUGCAAAAGAACAGGAAAAAAUACUAAAACGCGAACCUCAGCAAGACGAAGCACAGGAGGAUGUAGUCGGCGUGGAGGAAGCAUUGGGUAGUGUACUUUCUAAGUUGAAAAUUUAA